AUGUUUGUGAUAAGGAACAUAAUAGCAAUAUUGAUGUUUAUUGCUAUUGUCUAUAUGUAUUUUGAUUUACCACAACAAUUUCAACAAAUUUCAUUUCAGCACUAUUUCAUUUCAUCAAAUGAUGGUUUAUCAUCACCAUCCUUAAUAAACCCUAAUAACACUGUUACUCUCAAAUUACAACAUUAUAAUGUAUCAUCAUAUGUUGAUCCAAGUUGUCCAGAGGGAAUUGAUGUUGUUUGGUUAUGGGUAAAUGGAAGUGACCCAGAAUUUAGAAAACAAUUGGAAAAGAACGGAAAGAAAGGGGGAGAAGGGAGAUAUCGAGAUUAUAAUACAUUACAAUAUUCUAUUCGGUCUGUAUAUAAUUUUGCACCAUUUAUCAAACACUAUUUUAUUGUUACAAUGGGACAAACUCCAUCUUUUUUAAAUACUUCUCAGUUUGAAUGGAAUGAAUAUACUCUUAGAAUAGUUGACCAUAAAGAAAUAUUUCCAAACACCAAAGAUUUACCAGUAUUUAAUUCAAAUUCUCUUGAAGUAUCAUUACAUAAUAUCAAAAAUUUAUCAUCAUGUUUUCUUUAUCUCAACGAUGAUAUGUUAUUAGGGAAAGAAUUAAAACCAGAACAUUUUAUUAAUUCAGAUGGAAAAUUAAAAGUAUACCAUAACUCAUGGAAAGCACCUGACACAAAUAGAAUGGUAAAAAAUAUUUGGCAUAGAAGUGUAGGUAAUUCUAAUGAACUUAUUAACAACCAUUUUGGUAAAUCAAAAACAGUUAAACAUCCUUAUGUUAGUCAUCAUUGUUAUUUUUUCAAACGAGAUAUUCUAAAACAAAUGGAAGGUACUUGGCCAGAACAAUACAAAGAAACAAGAAGACAUAAAUUUAGAGAAGGAAAUGAUUUAGCAAUUCCAUUUAUGCAUGGUGCUUUUGUUGUUGAAUCAGGUCAAGGGAUUUAUGUUAAAGAAUAUAAUUAUUAUUAUGGUUCUUUUACAAGUUCAAGACGUAGUAACACUAAGUUAAUAAAUAACAUUGAAAAGAAACAACCUCAAUGUAUUUGUAUUAAUGAUGCGUUAGAAAAAAGUUCAGUAGCUGUAAUUAAUAAAGAGACAGCAAUCCUUAACUCGUUUUUAGAAACAUAUUAUCCUUAUCCUUCUCCAUUUGAAAAAUACAUUCAAUUUAAUUAA